CGCACCGUCUCCCACUCCAUCAAGAUAGAGGGCGACAUCACGCUGGGCGGCCUGUUCCCCGUCCACUCCAAAGGGCCGGCGGGGGUCACCUGCGGGGAGAUCAAGAAGGAGAAGGGCAUCCACCGGCUGGAGGCCAUGUUGUACGCCCUCGACCAGAUCAACAGCGACCCCGACCUGCUGCCCAACAUCACCCUCGGGGCCCGCAUACUGGACACCUGCUCCAGGGACACCUAUGCUCUGGAGCAGUCUCUGCAGUUCGUCCAGGCGUUGAUCCAGACGGACACCUCGGACAUGCGUUGCUCCAACGGUGAGCAGCCCAUCAUCCCCAAACCCGAGCAGGUCGUCGGGGUCAUCGGGGCGUCCGGCAGCUCCGUCUCCAUCAUGGUGGCUAACGUGCUGCGUCUGUUUGACAUCCCUCAGAUCAGCUACGCCUCGACGGCCCCAGAGCUGAGCGACUCCAACCGCUACAACUUCUUCUCGCGGGUGGUGCCGCCCGACUCCAUGCAGGCGCAGGCCAUGGUGGACAUCGUCAAGGCGAUGGGGUGGAACUACGUCUCCACCAUCGCGUCCGAGGGCAACUAUGGCGAGAGUGGCGUCGACGCCUUCCAGCAGAUCUCCAGAGAAACAGGAGGUCUGUGUAUUGCCCAGUCCAUCAGGAUCCCUAGGGAGCCGAGAGAGGGUGAGUUUGAUAAGAUCAUCAAGCGACUGAUGGAGACGUCCAACGCCAGAGGGGUCAUCAUCUUCGCCAACGAGGACGACAUCAAGCGCGUACUUGAGGCGGCAAAGAAGGCCAAUCUGACGGGUCACUUCCUGUUUGUGGGCUCAGACAGCUGGGGGUCGAAGAGCUCGCCCAUCCUGAACCAGGAAGAGGUGGCUGAGGGCGCCGUGACUAUCCUGCCCAAACGGGCCUCCAUCGACGGCUUUGACGACUACUUCACCACGCGUUCUUUGGAGAACAACCGCCGGAACAUCUGGUUCGCCGAAUUCUGGGAGGAGGACUUCCGCUGCAAAAUGACUCGACCAGGUGGGAAGCUGGGUACCGGGCAGAGGAAAUGUACAGGUGAGGAGCGUAUAAGUCGAGACUCUCCAUAUGAGCAGGAGGGGAAGGUGCAGUUUGUGAUCGACGCCGUGUACGCCAUGGCGUACGCGCUGCACAGCAUGCACCUGGACCUCUGCCCCGGCUCCCCAGGUGUGUGCGAUCGCAUGGACCCCGUGGAGGGAGCGCUGCUGCUCUCCUACAUCAGAGCGGUCAACUUCAACGGUAGUGCAGGAACAGCGGUCAUGUUUAAUGAAAACGGCGACGCCCCUGGUCGUUAUGACAUCUUCCAGUACCAGCUGUCCAACACAACCAACCCCGGCUACAAAGCCAUCGGCCAGUGGACCAAUCACCUGCGACUCAACGUGGAGGAGAUGCAGUGGUCGGGCGGAGACCGGCAGGUGCCAGACUCGGUGUGCAGCUUCCCGUGCGAGCCAGGCGAGAGGAAGAGGAUGGUGAAGGCGUGCCGUGCUGCUGGCACUGCGAGCUCUGUGACGGCUACUCCUAUCUGUUCGACGAGUUCAACUGCGACACCUGCCCCUUCGACAUGCGGCCCAAUCAGAACCGCUCGGGCUGUCGGCCCACCCCCAUCAUCAAGCUGGAGUGGAGCUCGCCCUGGGCCAUCAUCCCCGUCUUCCUCGCCGUGCUGGGUAUCCUAGCAACCACCGGCGUCAUCGGAACUUUC